AUGUCUGCGGACGCUGCCCCGUCAACAACCGAGGCGCAAGUUUGGGAACACCAAAAGCUCAUUUCCACCGGACUAGCUUGCCUCGAAGCUGCCGUGCAUAGUAACAAGCUACCGCCAAGACAGGAGGCGAAGGCGAGGCUGAGAUACGCGUCAAUACUGUACGAGGAGACGGAAAAUCUACAGGAGGCCGAGACAACUCUGUUUCAGGGGAUAAAGCUUUGCGAGAAGCACCGAUACACCGACUUGAGAUAUUGUUUGCAAUUUAUGUCUUUGAAAGUUCUAUUUCAGCGCAAUCAGAAAGCCGCUUUCAUAGCCCUGGACAAGCAAAUAGCGGAAUGUCAAACGUUCAAACAUAUUCCGUGGGUGUAUGCCUUUCGCCUCCUGAAAGCUACGUUGCAGACGUAUGCGGGGAACUCAGUCGAGAUCGCUCUUCUCGAUAACCUUCAAAGCUUAUCAACUCUUGCGCAUGAAAGAGGCGAUCAUGCUGUCGGUGUUUUGGGCUCGCUUCUCGAAGGUCUUGCACACCUGCGAGUGACGAAACAGGAUACUGUGGAGCGAGUCCAGACAUGUCUAGCGCAGGUCGCGAAGUAUCAGUUGGAUCCUUUUGUCCAGGUUCUCCAACUUGACGUUCUGACAUUGUUGCUGGAUCUGGCCUGCAGCAUGCACCAGAAGAACCCAGACCUGUUAGUCCACAAACUCUCGGCUCUGCAAUCGAGGAUGGACGCCGGCUUAGACUCAAAGGAGUGGGCGGAUGGCGUCGCCGAAAUGCGCAUUCCCCUAAAGAAGCAGCAUUCCUCCUACCACCUGAUCAGCGACGACACCGGCGCUAUUCUCCAAGCGGGCUCGCUUGAUGAGGGGAGAGACUUUGUGGUCAUGUCGUUUCUGACAAGAGCGGAAUUAUUUGCUCUUGUGUACACUUUUAGUGGUCUUGCAUCCUUGUACAGGUUUCAUCACAAUCCCGCGAAGGUCCAGAGGAAGAGUUCUGAGCUCUGGGAAGAAGGGCUCAAAGUCAUUCAGCAACUGGCGUCAGUUUCAGAGGCGGGCGCUGUGACGGCAACUGUUUCGCGACACGAAUCCAUCCGGCAGGCCAAGUGGCGGACAGAGAUGUUCUGCUACCUGCAACUGCUGACCGGCUUGUACUGCGCGACCCAGAGCAGAUGGUCCGUCGUCGACCAAUGUCUGGUGAAGCUUCAGAAGGCGGCAACUCAAACACCCAACGACAUAUUCAGUCUCUGUUGUCUUUACCUCACGGGCGUAUAUCAUCAAGGGACAGGAGACUUGGAGACGGCACUGCUGCUCUUCCAGGACUCCCGAUUCGAUAUCGACUCGACUCUCAGCGCCGGCGGCGGUAGGAAGCCGGCACUCCUCGAGUUAUGCCUUCUCGCUGCCCUGAACCGGCUGUGGAUAUUGCAAGCUCCCGACUUCCGCGAUGACACCACGACUUUGGCGCUCUUGGAAAAGGUUCGACCCAUUUGUACAGAGCACCACGAUCCAGAGAUCCGGACAGCAUUUCAUCUUGUGCAGGCCACGACGCGGACGAAUCAGCCAGUAUCGAUGCAGGUGAUCAAGACGAGUAUCCACUCUGCUGUGCAAACCUCGAAACAGAUCGGCAAUACGCAUUGCCUUGCAAUUGGUCUGAGCAUCAUGAGAUACCAGCUUUUCGACAACGUUGUCGGGGAACAAGCCCUGAAAAGCGCAAAGGCAGCCUCUGCACAGUCUAAACGGAGCGGCAACCUUCUAUGGAUGAGUGUUGCCGAUGGGAUGCUUGCGCACUCGUACGAAGUUCAGGAGCAGAUGGCAGAGGCGCAAGCGGCACAAAAGGCGGCUUCAGAGUAUGCAGCGAGGGCUUUGAUUGGCAAGAACUAG